AUGGCAAAGACGCUGGCAGCGCUCCUCGUGUUGGCUACGGCCUUGCCCUGGUCGCAGGCUGUCCCAGCCGGCGGCCCGCUGCAAGUCGCACUCCACGAUACAACAACCACCAGUCCUGCUAUCAAUACGAACCCGCUGCGUCGCCUUCGUGAUGCUAUAAUUGAAAGAAUAUGGGAUGUUCCGGCAAGACCAAAGCCAAAGCAAUGUGCCAACAUACAGUCUCUCGCUCCGUCGAACUAUCGCGCCCGCUAUGGCGCUGACACCGUCCUGCGAUUUCGCUUCCAGACCGAAGACGAGGUCAAAGCUCUGUCAGAAGCCAUUCAUAUACUGUAUCUCGAUGUUUGGGAGAUUACAGACGAGUGGGUGGAUAUUCGGAUGGCAAAAGACGUGGUGCCGUCCCUGCUAGGACUGCUCCCAGAAUCCUUACACAAUGCACAUUCUCCAAUCAUGCACGACUUGGCUCAAGCAAUAUAUGAUACAUAUCCAGGUCCUACGGAGGAACUGCAGAAGAGCUGGAAUGGCGCUACUUCGGCCCAACAACCACCAACGCAGAUCAACGGACCGCACGACAUCUUUUUCGACGAGUACCAGCCAUUAUCUGUGCUGUAUCCAUGGCUGCGAUUGAUGGUAUCUAUGUUUCCGACACACGCCAAUCUCGAGUCGAUAGGCCUAUCAGCCGAAGGACGGGACAUUCCGGCAUUGCGAAUUGGGGCGCGGACAGAUUUGCCUCCGGACCAUGAUCACCCCACGAGGCAGACGAUCCUGGUUAUCGGCGGCUCUCAUGCUCGCGAAUGGGUUUCGGUCUCGACUGCAGCAUAUAUCGCCUACAGCCUGAUUACUCGAUAUGGAGAUCCUCGCUUUCCUGACACCACAAAGCUCCUCGAUCACUUCGAUGUGACGUUUCUGCCGACCCUCAAUCCGGACGGCUACGAAUACACGUGGUCAACAGAUCGAUUGUGGCGGAAGAACCGUCAGGAGACACCGCUACCCUUCUGCGCUGGCAUUGAUCUGGAUCGUUCGUUUCCCUUCGGCUGGGAUGGCAGCGACGACGUCGAUAAUCCGUGCAGUGAAGACUUUGCCGGCAGCCAACCCCUGCAAGCUCAUGAAACUCAGCGAUUGACUGAAUGGGCUCGCAACCAAACUGAACAGAACAAUGUUACUUUUGUUGCUUUUCUCGACCUGCACUCUUAUUCUCAGCAGGUCUUGUACCCCUACAGCUACACCUGCGAUUCGGAACCACCAAAUUUGGAAGACCUGGAAGAAGUGGCGCUGGGGCUGGCCAAGUCAUUCAGACUCACCAACGGCCAUUACUACGGUGUUAGCAGUUCUUGCGAAGGCAGCAUCUCAUGGGACGAACGUGACUCGGUCAAAUCGAAAGCCAAGUUUGCCAGGGGCUUAAUGGAGGCGCAAGGAGGCUCCGCAUUGGACUACUUUUACCACGAGCUUCGCAUCAAGUAUUCGUAUCAAAUCAAGCUGCGGGACACAGGAGCGUAUGGCUUCCUAUUACCCAAGGAACAUAUCGUACCCACGGGCAACGAGGCGUUCGAGGCGGUGCUUGGCUUGGGCAGAUGGCUGCUUGGGAACCACGGGAUUGAAAAGUUCAAUGAAGAGCUAUGA